GGGGCGCGGCGCCGACGCCGAGGCGCGGCCAUGGAGGGGAAGCCCCGCGCCGGGGUCGCGCUGGUCCCGGGGCCGAGCGGCCGCGGGCCUUCCGCCCGCCGCGCCCGCCGCCGCCGCCCGGGGCUGCUGCUCCCUGGCCUCUGGCUGCUGCUGCUGGCCCCGCCGGCCUCGUGCGCCCCAGAUGAGCUCCCUCUGGAGCAGCACGGCCUCUCUCCCUUCCCUGCGGAGCUCUUGCUGGAGACCAGCACCAUGCCCAGCGCUGCACACGUGGCCUUAACAGAGACUGCGGCGGGGUCCCAGCUGAGCCGGUCUCUUCUCUCCACGUCCUCUCCAUCUGCCACUAGUUUUGAUACGGCCUUUUUAAAUCAUGGAAAACAGACCCAAAGUACAGCAGAUCACAGUGUCUUUGUGGUAAAUUAUGGGUCUGUGACGAGUAAUGAGGUGGCCUUCGGUGACGAUGACAUGGAUAACUUUUUGCCAGAUGCUCCCUGGACCUCUGCACGGAUGGUGUCCCCAACACAGUCCAUCGUGGUCAGCCCACCAGAGCUGCCCGGAGAAACGCCCGAGCUCAAGCCCACUCCAUCACUACCCACGAUUUCCCUACAGGACCAAGAGGUGACAUCAGCCUGGCAGAGUUCAGCCCAGCCACCAGCGACUUACGUGGAGUCCCCCAGUCAUCUUGGCACCUCUUGGUCAGCUUUUCCCACCUCCGAGGGCAUAACUCCAACUCUUAAUGGGAACCUGGUGCUUUAUCCUACCGGAACCUACAGCCAGUUACCAAGUAGGACGUGGCCAGAGACAGUGGCUCCAGUCACAGAGGACGCGGGGGCCCUGCCCUUGGGCUCGUGGUCUUCUUUGCCUCCGCCGUUAGGUGAUGGCGGUCCCCAACAGCCAUCUCUGCCCCCUGGGGAGGUCUCACAGACUCCACAGCAGGUCCUGGCCACACGCACAGGCAGACACCCCGAUGUGACCACUGCUGGGAGUCAGCGUCUGGAAGAAACUGUCUUUCCAAGGGUGGACCCCACUGUCACCGUGUCACAGACGGCCUUUGCUUCCAGGAGCACACAGGCUGCUUCGUUUUCCGCCCCUCCUGCAUUUGUGUCUUUUUCUACUCCGUCAGUGGAUGCUUCACACGACCCCUUCCUUCCUGGAGAUGCCGGCGACACGUCAGAGUUGCCUGGCAGUCCUGUGGUCCCCAGUCACACGGCGGAUACCCUCGUCCUGAGCCCCGUGGCCUCCCUCAGGCCCUACACUUGGUGCGCGUCCUGUGCUGUGGCAUCUCCUCGGCACGUUCUGGCCACAGGUUCUGUGGAGAGAGACGUGGGGUCGGGGGAUGGGCCCGAGACCCUGACGGUGGCCACGCUGGCAGCCAGCAGCCCCUCUCUGUGGAGUAGCGAGGCCACCGACCUCUCUGAGUUCGAGGAAGAUCCUCAAGAAUAUAACACCCUGUUCCCCUCCAGGCCCGUGGUCUCCCUCGCUUCUCCAUCCCUGAGGGUCUCGGAAGCCAGCCCAGGUGUGUCGGCCGAGGUGGGCACGAGCAGCGUCACCAGCACCCAGGUGUACUCUUCUCUUGAGCACCUCUCUGCACCAGUGUCCCUCGGGCCUGCCUUUGGCUUCUCCCCGGUGGCCGACGCUCAAGGAACACCAUCCAGUGUGACCGCUGUGUCUUUCUCGGUCACUGCCAGCGUCCUCCUUGAAUCAUUUUUCUCUGUCACAGUAAAGGAAAGCACGCCGUCCCUCUGGUUCAGAGACGCGAGUCUGUCCCCCUCUGAGACUCUGGUUCCUCUGGCAGAGCCUUCACUUUUCUCCCACCAGGAACCCGCGGGGGCUUCUGCCCAGGGGUGGCCGAGUGUCCUGGAUCUGGCGUCCAGCCUCCCCUCCACGCCUCCGCUGGACCUGGGCAGCCCGGCCCCCUCCUCUUCCCAGGUCCCUGCUGCCCCGUCUCUGAUGCCAAGUGGCCUGUCCCCCAUCCCGUCCCAGUCCCUUUCUGCCUGGGUGGCGACCUUGGCCUUGCUUGACCCUGCCAGUCUGCACUCACCGCCUCUUUCUGCUCCGAGUUCCACAGACCUGGCGUCUCCUCAGCUCUGGCCGAGUGCGGACCUUCCUUCAAGGACGGUCACCUCUCUCCCUGGUCCUUCUGAAGUGCCGGUGCCGCCGAGCUUCUCCUCGGAUCCUCUCCAGCUUGCUGGCUCAUCCACGGUCGCGCCCACGGACUCUGACGCCCUUUUUACCUCGGCUCGCACUGGAACUACCUCCUCUUUUGAGUUCUUGCCCACCCGCCACGGCUCUGCAGUCGCCACGCUGGUGCCCUCCGGCUCCGAGCCCAACCUCGAUGUCUCGACUGCUGCGACUCACCCCUGGUCAGAGUCCCCUGCUUCCCCUCUGACACCUGUUUUCACCGAGGCUUUUCUGUCCUCGACUCUGACACACUCGGAGGACCCGGUCAGUGCUACAGACUAUCACACGCCUGUCUCACCCUCUUCCUCCCAAGUCAUUCCCACCGGUCCAGUGUCAGUCAGCGACGCAUAUCUGCCAUCAGCAUCCUCACUUGUCCCGGGGGGGAGCUCGUCACCCCUGCCCACAGAGCCACCGUCCACGCUCACAGGUUCACCGUGGAACACAUCCCCCGAGCCGAGCACACCCAACAGCACUGCUGCCCAUACUGUGGACACUGACCUGAGCAGUGGCACUGGGAAUCCGAGCCCCCCGGAGGGCAGUGUGGCCCCUCCAUUGCCAUCCCUCCACCCUGUGACCACCUCCACUCUUGAAGCGACAGUGAGUACUCCAGCACCGGCCACCACCAAGCCACCUUAUGUGUGUGAUAUUACAGUCCCCGAUGCCUACUUGAUCACAACUGUGCUGGCCAGAAGAGCAGUGCAGGAGUACAUCAUCACCUCCAUCAAGGAAGUGCUGAGGAUUCACUUCAACCGUGCGGUGGAGCUGAAGGUUUAUGAACUAUUCACUGACUUCACUUUUCUGGUAACAUCCGGUCCUUUUGUUUACACGGCAAUAUCAGUCAUUAAUGUGCUUAUUAGUAGUAAACUUGUGCGUGACCAAACUCCUUUAAUCCUGUCUGUGAAACCUUCUUUCUUCGUGCCAGAGUCCAGGUUCCAAGUCCAAACAGUGCUUCAGUUCGUGCCUCCAAAUGUGGAUACUGGCUUCUGCAACUUCACCCAGAGCAUCGAGAAAGGCCUGCUGACGGCCCUCUUUGAAGUGAGGAAGCAGCACCAGGGGACCUACAACCUCACGGUGCAGAUCUUGAACGUCACUGUUGGUUCCUCAAGGAUGGCCUCUCGGCGGGGCCCGGUGAAUAUUAUCUUUGCUGUUAAAAACACACAAGGAUUUUUGAAUGGGUCAGAGGUGAGCGAGCUGCUCAGGAACCUGAGCGUGGUGGAGUUCAGCUUCUACCUGGGGUACCCGGUGCUGCAGAUCGCAGAACCCUUCCAGUACCCACAGCUCAACCUAUCUCAGUUACUGAAGUCCUCCUGGGUCAGAACAGUCCUCCUGGGCGUUGUGGAGAAGCAGCUCCAGAACGAGGUGUUUCAAGCUGAGAUGGAGCGCAAGCUGGCCCAGCUGCUCAGUGAGGUUCCCACCAGGAGGCGCAUGUGGAGAAGGGCCACCGUGGCUGCAGGGAACAGCGUGGUGCAGGUGGUCAAUGUGUCCAGGCUGGAGGGAGAUGACAAUCCCGUGCAGCUCAUCUACUUUGUGGAGGAUCAAGACGGGGAGAGACUCAGUGCCGUCAAGUCUUCAGAUCUGAUUAACAAGAUAGACCUUCAGAGAGCUGCGAUUAUCUUGGGGUAUCGAAUCCAAGGCGCUAUUGCCCAGCCUCUGGACAGGGUGAAGAGGCCAUCUCCGGAGUCCCAGAGCAGCAACCUGUGGGUCACUGUUGGCGUGGUCAUCCCGGUGCUGGUGGUGAUGGUGAUCAUCGUCAUCCUCUACUGGAAGCUCUGCCGUACGGACAAGCUGGACUUUCAGCCUGACACUGUGGCCAACAUUCAGCAGCGGCAGAAGCUGCAGAUCCCUAGCGUGAAGGGCUUCGAUUUUGCUAAGCAGCAUCUGGGUCAGCACAAUAAAGAUGACAUCUUGAUUAUUCAUGAGCCAGCACCACUGCCAGGACCUGUGAAGGACCACACCACGCCCUCUGAAAAUGGAGACGUGCCAAGCCCCAAGUCAAAGAUCCCUGCCAAGAACGUCCGCCAUAGAGGAAGAGUCUCCCCCUCGGAUGCCGACUCCACCGUCAGCGAGGAGUCCAGUGAGAGGGACGUGGGGGACAAGACGCCAGCAGCGGUCCACGAGAGCAAGGCCCACAGAGCCCCACAGAGCGGUCCCCCCUUGCCCAGUUCAGGGAAUGAGCAGCAUUCCUCUGCCUCCAUCUUUGAGCAUGUGGACAGGAUUUCGCGCUCCUCAGAGGCCAGCCGGCGGGUUCCCAACAAGAUCCAGCUGAUUGCCAUGCAGCCCAUUCCAGCACCCCCAGUCCAGCACCCCAUCCUGGCUGACCGAGUGGCAGAAACCAACAAAAUCAACAAAGAGAUUCAGACGGCGCUGCGGCACAAGUCCGAGAUCGAGCACCAUCGCAAUAAGAUCCGGCUGCGCGCCAAGCGCCGCGGCCACUACGAGUUCCCGGUGGUGGACGACCUGUCCUCGGGCGACACCAAGGAACGGCACCGCGUGUACCGCAGGGCACAGAUGCAGAUCGACAAGAUCCUGGACCCCACGGCCAGCGUGCCUUCGGUGUUCAUAGAGCCCAGGAAGAGCUCACGAAUAAAACGCUCUCCUAAGCCACGCCGGAAACACCAGGUCAAUGGAUGCCCUGCUGAUGCGGAGAAGGACAGGCUCAUCACCACAGACAGCGAUGGCACCUACAAACGGCCUCCCGGCGUGCACAACUCAGCCUACAUUGGAUGCCCAUCUGAUCCUGAUCUCCCAGCAGAUGUGCAGACACCAUCCUCAGCUGAGCUGGGCAGGUAUCCGGGCCUGCCCUUCACCCCGGCCUCUCAGUACAUCCCACCCCAGCCAUCCAUCGAGGAGGCACGCCAGACCAUGCACUCCCUCCUGGACGACGCCUUUGCCCUGGUGGCCCCCAGCAGCCAGGCUGCCGGUGCAGCAGGUGCAAUGUCCGGGGUCCCAGCCAGCCUGCCUGUGAACAGCACCCCUUCCCGCGAGGAAAGGCGAGCCACCCAGUGGGGGUCCUUCUACAGCCCAGCCCAGACAGCCAACAAUCCCUGCAGUAGAUAUGAAGACUAUGGGAUGACUCCCCCUUCUGGCCCAUUGCCAAGACCGGGUUUUGGCCCUGGGUUGCUGCCAUCUUCAGAGCUGGCACCCCCUGAGCCCCAGCAGCCACAGUCGUCAGCAGAAGCUCCAUUUGCUGCCCGAGGGAUCUAUUCAGAAGAGAUGCCAUCGGUGGCCCGGCCCCGGCCUGUUGGGAGCACCACAGGCUCCCAGAUCCAGCACCUGACGCAGGUGGGCAUUGCUAGCAGAAUCGGGGCCCAGCCCGUGGAAAUCCCGCCCAGCAGAGGUGGCCAGUAUGGAGGACCGGGCUGGUCUGCAUAUGGGGAGGAGGAAGCAGGGCGAAGGGAGGCCCCUCACGUUCUUGGACAUCAAGAUUAUUCUUCUUCACCGCUGUUUCAGGUGCCAAGGACUUCAGGCAGGGAGCCCUCAGCUCCUCCCGGGAACCUUCCUCACCGGGGACUGCAAGGCCCUGGGCUGGGUUACCCCACCAGCUCCACGGAAGACCUCCAGCCCAGCCACUCCUCAGCCUCCCUCAUCAAAGCGAUCCGCGAGGAGCUCCUCCGGCUCUCCCAGAAACAGAGCACCGUGCAGAACUUCCACAGCUGAUGGGCCUCGCCCGCAGGUUGGCCAAGUAUCCGCUUCCCGUGGAAGCAAGACCAAAAGGAAAUCAACUGAGCGGAUGUUUGUAAGCGGAAUGAGCAUCUCCUGGGCGAGCUGCCUGAGUGAGGGAGCAAGUGGCAAUUUUAGAAGAUGCCAUAAGUCACACAACACCCAUGAUACUUUUCCUAGAUUGGCAAUUUGGUGGCCACUUGGGUUCAGUUGAAAUGUAUGUACUUUUGGCCAAAAGCCAGCAGCACUUCACAAAAACAAAACAGAAACCUAAGCUAACAAUUUUGUUUAAGUCUCCUUUUUAAAGGCAAAAGAUGAAAAUGUGUAGAUGGUGUCGGGUUGGAAGGAACCCAGCGAUUCCAAGGGAUUCAGACUGACAUGUACGAUGUACCUGCUGCUUUGUUUUCUAAGAAGAGAUUUGAAGACAUUUUAUUAACAGCUUGAUUUCCCUCUUUUCUCCAUAGGAACUUAUUUUAAUAGGAAUAUUAACAACAAAGAGUACUAAGACUGUUGGGAGAUUUUUUUUUUUUUAAAAGCUACUAGUGAGAAACCAAAUGAUAGUUUAAGAGCCUGAAGACUCCAAACGAAGCCAUCGCCUGCGUUCUUCCUCCUUUUUUCUGGUGCUACAGCCCCAAGGGCCCCUUCGCCUUUGUGUCUGUGAAAUGCAACGUUGGCUUUGCAAUGGAAGAAUGGGUCGAAGGUUUCAUUCUGUUCUAGAGGGAAAAAAAAAAAAAAGAAAAGAAAAGCAACUCCCAAGUGGUGGGAGAAAGCUUAAUAUUUAUUUGGUUAUUCAAAAUACAUAUCAAAAUUUAGAUUUACCUUCUUAAUUGUAUUUGCUGUUUAGUAAUUGGGCAGGUGCAACUCCUGAUGGCAUCCCAUUCCAGCACAUGCCAUGGAGGCCAGUCCUACAGAAUGAGGCUUUCAGGAAGUCCUAACUGGUAGAUCCUUGCACGUUGCUCAUGAUCUGCUCACAAAUUAUGUUUGAAUGAGAAGUCUUCUGUAAGCAGACAUUAUUGAAAACAAUUUCUAGGACCACCAAAUUAUUGUGAAUCCAUCCCUAGUAAUCCGUUCCCUGUGUUCAAGACCUGGAAGUGGAACAGAGUCCAAUUCAGACCCUGAAGAGUCAAGAAGAGUUUUGAGACCACAAGGGAAAGGAGAGAGUUUCCCCUCAUUUCUGAUUUUAUUGUGUUAUUACUUCGUUGAGUGACUAUUAAAACUGUCUCAUGCACUGUGGGCCAGAGAGAGGGGGUCAUCUCUCUUAGAACAUGCUCCUGAAGUUUCCCCAUGUCCCACAUUAGAGUCAGAAAGGGAGUGACUUGUUCUGUUUUCUGGUGCCUGAGUGAAACUCAGAGGAAAUGCAGGCUUAGAGACGAGAUUCCCACUCUGAGCCUCUUUUUAUCAGAUGAAUUAAUACUUUUGAUUAAACAAAAGAUAACAAGGUAGAAUUUGGGGCUGUGCUUUAAUCAAAACCUGUGUACCUGCACCAAGUUUUAAGAACCUGGAAACAGCUAGAACAAGCUUCCAGAGUACAGUCAUUGGUUCCAUAAUCAUGCUGUACUCCAUCCUUGGUUAAGCUUGUGGUACGGAGUUAGAGUUUGGGGACACAGGGAAAGCCAGUUCUGCGGAGUUCAAGUGUAGCCAUUGUUCACCUGCCUGCCACUGAAAGACUAGGGUGCAGGAAGGUAGGUACGUGAGUCAGGUUUUUGUUCCUGUGACUAAAACAUCUGAUGAGAACAAUUUGGAGGAAAAGUUUAUUUGGGGUCAUCAGUUUCAGUCCACGGCCAUCUGACUUCAUUGCUCUGGGCCCAAGAUGAUGCAGAACAUCAUGAUGGAUGGGUGUGGUGAAGGGAGGCUUCUCAGCUCAUGGCAGGCAGGAAGCAGAGAGCAAGGAGCCAGGGACAGAAUAUAAUCCUCAAGGGCAUGUUCCCAGCGCCUAUUUCCUCCAGCCACACCCCACUUGCCUACAGUUACCAACUAGUAGUCCCGUCAGUUAUUAAUUCAUGCUGAGUUUGGAGGUGCACACCUGUAAUCCUAGCUACUUGGAAGGCUGAGGCAGGAAGAUCCUUAGUUCAAGGCCAGUCUGGGCAACUUAAUGAGAACUUGUCUCAAAAUAAAAAGGGCUGGGGAUGUAGCUCAGUGGUAGAAUCCCCGUGUUCAAUCUGCAGUAUUGCCAAACUCAAAGUAUUAAUCCAUCAAAUGGAUUAACCCACUGAUGAGGUUACAGCUCAUGAUCUAUCUAAUCAUUCCACCUCAGAACAUUCCUGCAUUGCCUAACACAUGAGCUUUUCAGGGAACACCUCAUAUCCAAACCAUAACAGUAAGUCGACCCAAUACAGGACUGGCAGCCUCUUGUCAGACAGUCCCCAAAGGCUCCCAAUAGUGUAGAAGAGAAGGCCCCUUUCUGGGCUUGAUUUCUUAACCUCUUGGUCCUGGCUUAAUACCAGACUGUCCCUAAAAUGGAUCCUCUUUUCAUGCCACUCAGAAUAUCCAGACUUAGAUACCCAAGCAGAGUUUUAUGGUAGACACUUUAUAGUAAGUUCAAAUCUUGUGACAGCAGGUGGAAUAAAUGACCUUUUCUCUCGGUUCUGCUUGGUGUCAUAAGUGUUUUACAUAUAAUGUGUCCUAAAAAUGGUUACCUCCUCUGUGCGUUGCAAAAACAGGUCUCUGUUUCAAGGGUGUGACUGCAAGAGCAGAAUGGAUGCCUUUCAACUACCACAAGGGGAUUCUGCCUGUAUUCUUAGAACCAAUACACCUUUGAACAGAAGUCAAGACCAAAGAUGAUAUGUAACGAAGAGCUGGUGGUGUGUGGCGUGGCAUGGAUGGGUCCUGCGGGCUGCCAGCACUGGGUCAUUGUUGGGAAGCGCCCUUGGUCUGCACUUGUUUCCUCUAAACACCUGCUGCAGUAGUUUACCAGGCACCAAGUUCACUGUACUGGCUCUUGUGGGGUGCACCACGCCCAGUGGGUCUUCAGACACUGGGUUAGUGUUUUUCUACUUAAAAAAAAAAAAGUCCUUCUGUUGAUCAUGCAUAACUUUGGAGUUCCAUUUAUUGGAGUACCCUAAAAUUUAAAUUUUAUGUCUGUAAUUUUUUCCUGUUUUAGAAAUUCUAGUUGUAACAAACUAUAAAUUGGAGUCAGCAUUUUAGAGGAGAUUGUUAGAGAAGUGAUUUUUUUUGCAGUCUACUUUAUAACUAACUCCCUGUGUCAGGUUCCUUCUCUGAAUUUCAUUUUCCUCUUAAUCCACAAGAACACGCCUCCCCUGCCCUCCUCCCAGGAUCUCAAAUUGUAAGAAAAUGAUGUGUUCCUGUGUGCAGGCAUCCCUUGAGGAGGAAGCAUAAAGCACUGUGAAAAUGUAAACUGUUACCUGUGUGAAUGCCCUAGGAUGGAUGAUGUGACCUGCCAUGAUCUGCCAGUGGGUGUGUUCACGUGUAUGUAUCCAGAGACAAAACUGGAAACCCAGUGUGACUCGUGUUCCUCACUCUUGUUUUGUUUUAAACUCACCCCCCCCUCCCCGCUCCCACCAACUUUCAAAGGGCAUCUAUUAAUCAUCUUUCUGCUACUGACUUUCUGCUGUUUCCAGUACCAAAUAGGUCAGCAGCCAUGGAGCCCGGUCUUCUGAAAUCUUAGAAUCUAAGUCAGAUAGUACAGAUGGGUAUAAAAGAUGGAAGAGGGGAAAAAAAAUAACAUGGAUUAAAGAUCCAUAAAAUUCAGAGUAUACAAGUGCUUUGGGUACUUGAAGUCAUAGAAGUUGCAUAUUUGGAAGCAAUAAGAUCUUGGGGAGAGAUCAUCUGCAGAACCCACUUUGAUGAAGACAGUGGAAUUGUCCAACCAAGGGUGAGAUGUAUGGGCUGAGCCCCGAGUGGGGAGGGAUAAAGAAAUUAGUGUAUGCCGGCGUCAAAAAUGAACUUGAUCCUGAUCAGCUGCAGUAUGGCAAACCACACUCUUUAGGGUGAUUCAAAAGAGGAGGAAAUGGUGCUGGAGGAUACAUUUGAACAAAUGACCAAACCAAUGGAGAUUUACUGAUGAAGAUCUCCAGUUGGGGGGAGGAAGUGGAGUAUAUCAAGAACUGCUAAAGAUCCAAUGUAAAGUGUGCAAAUAGUGAUAAGAAUGAUUCCAAGCAGAUCGUGAUGGCUAGCCAUUCAGUAACAUUAAUCCUUUGUGGGGCACAGCAGGUUUUAAAUAAAUGUAUUUGCCUUUUUUAUAGCUACACGUUUUCCUCAAAUUUUAUUUAAUGCCAGAGUGUGUGUUGAUUUUGGUGGCACAUGGUUUUUAAGGAGUGGGUUGUUGCUAACCAGAUUUUCCAGGGCAUGAGACCUGUGGUGCAGGGCACAGGGGAAGGUCUACUGGGGAGGAGUUGGGCUGAAAUGAGUAACUGCGCCCUCUGAGUCUCCCGUCUCUCAUGUUCAGGGUAAAUGUUGACUGCAUUAGCGCGAUGUCUUCGAGAUCACUCCAGUAACCAAACCAGUCCCCAGAGGCUGUCUGCAUGGGCGGCACCCCAUGAGUUAAUCAUUAAGCACCCCUCUCUUGGCCCUCGCAUCCUGAGUCUUAGACAUGAAUGAAUUUGACGCUUGGAAGGACAGCUGGUUAGGUUCUGGGCUUGGGGCAGAGGCACUCCUGGUCUAGAGUCCCAUGCUAACUUGAGUUCUCUCAUGGAGUUCUUACCAUGUCAUUUCUACCUCCAGAGCAAGGCUCCAAAGCUGGUCACCAGGCAGGAGCACAAGGACAUCUGCCUUGGUGCCCACAGAGAGUCCGCAUGAGCACAAACACAUUCCUGUGGGUCAGUCCGUUGAACUUUGUUUUCACAUGUAAUCCAACAUGCUGCAGAAUUUUUUGUAACUGGCGAGAGGGGUUUCUAUGAGCCACUGCUGUGACAUUCUCACAAAAUGUAUAGACUUCACACUUGUCACCUAAUGAGCAAGGAGGGCCCACGUUUCAGGUUUCUUUUGAUAUUUUUGGAGGGAAUUGUUGAUGUUUGAACUAGAACUCCUUUGUCCACUGUUGAGAAAACUUGAAGAAUGAUGGUGACACGGUACGGCACUCAUUCCAUGCUGUGUGUGUGACAGCACACUUGAUCAUUUAUCUCAGGAAUGUAUAGCAGAGCCGUGAUGCGCGCCUGUAAUUCCAGUGACUUGGGAAGCUGAGGCCAGAGGAUCACAAGUUUGAGGGCAGCCUCAGCAACUCAGUGAGACCCUGUCUCAAAAAUAAAGAAAGAGAAUAAAAAGGCUGGGGAUGUAUCUCAGUGAUAGAACACUCCUGGGUAAAUCCCCAUGAGGGGUGGGGGACACAGUAGCAUUGAAUUAUAGGGUAAAAAUAGUGUCUUUGGAAACAAGUGUCUCUGGAACACUUUAGUUCAAUUCAAGGUCCCACAGGGUAGAUAAUGGUCCAGGCUCCUUGCUUUGCCAUCUGACUCCGGGUUUUUCUGCUCUGGCACCUCUUUCUGUUUAAAAGGUAGCAGGGACUGAGAAGGGAGGGAACGCUUCUAAUCUCACUGUCCUUGAUGGCCCAGAACCACCUUCCCGGACUACUUGGAGCAUCAUGGAUGCACUUUUCUUGUGUCCACCAGAUUUCAAGUGUUCACAACUUGACUCCAAAGUGUGCAGGUUGGGAAUGGUACAGGGACAAGUUCAUGCCAGACACGUGUUCUGCUCCUCUGGCAAAUGUGGGGAAAGAGGAGGGGGGUAUUAGGGGAACUGUGGCUUACGCCUUAGCUCUAAGUUGCUCUAAGUUCCAGGAAAUCAGUUCAGAAAAGAGGGUCGGGGUAGGAAUGCUCUCCACUCGGCCCUCCUCUGGAGCUUCACCUGGGGACCUGGAGCUUAGGCUAGAAUUAACAGAAGGGGUCACCCCGUAGAGUUGCUCUGGGGUGCCCACUUGUCUCCUCCUCGGUGAAGGUCUGUUCUGAUUCUUCCUGCACCCUCUUUCCUAGAUCAUGAAUAUUAAUGUAUGAAACUGUGCAGAGAAAAUUGGGGCCAUCGGUGGCAUCAAUACUGCAACUUGAACUUGACAAUCAUAGUUUGCUGGUCUCAAACGGGCACUUAAAUCUCAGUAUGGGUAUAUGAUUUAGUAACUGAACCCUCCCUUCUAUUUGUCGGUUAUGUUUCUACCCUUCAAUUAGCUGCACUGUUUUUCUAAUGUGCUGUAGAUUUUUUGAAAUAAUUUAUGCAAGUGUUUGGUUUCCAUGUUUACAAUUUUUACAGCUUUCCUAGCAUUUUAAAUGGAAAUGUCAAUAAAUGCUAUGAAUCGGUGUCAAAGUGA